UGUGCUGAUGGUAUUCACACUGCUACUAAUAAGGCUUGCUGUGCACUAUUCUCUAUCAUUGAUGACAUCCAAGUGAACCUGUUUGAUGGAGGAGAGUGCAGAGAAGACAUCAGAAUUCUUCUUAGUCUUCAACUUGCCUUCACUGAUUAUGGGUGGCAUUGUGGUGGUGAUGCCAAUGGAUCCAUCAUCAUCUUCUCUGAUAUUAGAAUGAACUUCCAUGCAAACAUCAGCAUCAACAAAAUAGUGAAAGAACAGAAGCCUUUUAUUGCCUGUCACAACAUUACUCCAGAAGACUUGUACAAUAUUUAA